AUGGCCGCGACGCCCGCGACGGCGUCCGGCGCGGUCCGUCUCGGGCGUCGAUCCGGCGCCCUCGGCGGUGGCCGUCACGCGGUCGGCGCGAACGCCUUCGCGGGGAACGUCAAGGCGUUCAAGACGCGCGCGACGCUCGGCCGCAAGGCGUCCGCCGCGGUCCCUCUUCGCGUCGUCGCGGAGAAGGUGGUCGGCAUCGAUCUCGGGACGACGAACAGCGCGGUCGCCGCCAUGGAAGGUGGCUCCCCGACGAUCGUCACGAACGCAGAGGGCGGCCGCACGACGCCGUCCGUCGUCGCGUACGCGAAGAACGGCGACAGGCUCAUCGCGAAGCGCCAGGGCGUCGUUAACCCCGAGAACACCUUCUUCUCCGUCAAGCGCUUCAUCGGCCGCCGGUGGGACGAAGUCGGCGAGGAGGCGAAGGAGAUCCCGUACACGGCCAAGAAGAGCGAGAACGGCAACGUCAAGCUCGAGUGCUCCGCCGCGGGCAAGGACUUCGCCGCGGAGGAGAUCUCCGCGCAGGUGCUCCGCAAGCUGUGCGACGACGCCGCGUCCUACUUUGGCGACACGGUGACCAAGGCUGUGAUCACCGUCCCCGCCUACUUCAACGACUCGCAGCGUCAGGCGACGAAGGACGCGGGCGCCAUCGCCGGCGUCGAAGUUCUGCGCAUCAUCAACGAGCCGACCGCGGCGAGCCUCGCGUACGGCUUCGAGAAGAAGUCGAACGAGACGAUCCUGAUCUUCGACCUCGGCGGCGGCACCUUUGACGUGUCCAUCCUGGAGGUUGGCGACGGCGUCUUCGAGGUGCUCUCCACGUCUGGCGACACGCACCUCGGCGGCGACGACUUCGACAAGAGGAUCGUGGAGUGGCUCGCGAAGGACUUCCAGUCCGCAGAAGGGGUCGACCUCAUCAAGGAUAAGCAAGCGCUGCAGAGGCUCACCGAGGCUGCGGAGAAGGCGAAGAUGGAGCUGUCGUCCACGCCCUCCGCGUCCAUCUCUCUCCCGUUCAUCACCGCCACCGCCGACGGCCCGAAGCACAUCGACACCAACCUCACCCGCGCCAAGUUCGAGGAGCUCUGCGACGACCUCAUCACGCGCUGCAAGGUCCCGGUCGAGAACGCGCUCCGCGACGCGAAGCUAUCGCUCGACGAGAUGGACGAGGUGAUCCUCGUCGGCGGCUCCACGCGCAUCCCCGCGGUGCGCGCGCUCGUGAAGAAGCUCACGGGGAAAGACCCGAACAUGUCGGUCAACCCGGACGAGGUCGUCGCGCUCGGCGCGGCGGUGCAAGCUGGCGUCCUCGGCGGCGAGGUGAGCGACAUCGUCCUCCUCGACGUCACGCCGCUGUCGCUCGGUCUCGAGACGCUCGGCGGGGUCAUGACGAAGCUCAUCAUGAGGAACACGACGUUGCCGACGUCCAAGUCCGAGGUGUUCUCCACCGCGGCGGACGGGCAGACCUCCGUCGAGAUCAACGUGCUUCAGGGCGAGCGCGAGUUUGUUAAGGACAACAAGAGCCUCGGGAACUUCCGCCUCGACGGGAUCCCGCCCGCGCCGCGCGGGGUGCCGCAGAUCGAGGUCAAGUUUGACAUCGACGCGAACGGCAUUCUUUCCGUCUCCGCCGCGGACAAGGGCACGGGCAAGGCGGCGGACAUCAAGAUCACCGGCGCGUCGACGCUCAGCGAGGAUGAGGUCGAGAAGAUGGUGAAGGACGCGGAGGCGUUCGCGAGCGAGGACGCGGAGAAGCGCGACGCGGUGGACACGAAGAACUCCGCGGACUCCAUGGCGUACCAGACCGAGAAGCAGCUCGAAGAGUUUGGCGACAAGCUUCCGGAGGAGGUCAAGGAGAAGGUCAAGGGGAAGGUCGCGGAGCUCAGGGCGGCGAUCGAGGCGGACAACCUCGCGGACAUGAAGACGAAGCAGGAGGAGCUGCAGACGGAGGUGAUGGCGAUGGGCCAGUCGAUGUACCAGGGGGGCGAGGGUGGCGCGCCUCCUCCGCCGGGCGGCGGCGACGCGGGCCCGGGCGGGCCGCCCCCGCCGGGCGGCGGCGCCCCGGACGACGUCAUCGACGCCGAGUUCUCCUCCGACAAGUAAACGCGUCCGUUAUCGUCUCGUCUUCCGUCGACGGAGGAGGGACAGACGCGCAGCACGCCUCGAGGGUGAACGACCUCCGCAUCCGCAUCUACAAACGCUUGAAACAAACGAAAACAUUGUGUAGGGUGUCGCGUUGACACCGGUUCGCUUUUAUAAUAAUACCGUUCGCGAUCAUCAA